UUACAAUACAAGCUCAUUUUAGGGUCUCGAGACUUGGGAGGUAACGACGAUAUCAAUGAAGACUUUGACUUUUAUUGUGGUCGCGAUCAUCAGGACAAUUGCGAGGACGAAUUUUUGAUGAACCAACGUCGAGCCAAAGAACGUGCAGCAGCAGCUUUCGAAGAAGACAUUGCCGAGCUACGCCGAAAAAGGAGAGAUAUUGAGGACCGUAUGUUCGAUAUGAUCGAUUUAAAUGCCGAAAUCGAGAAGGCUAAGAAUACACUAGGCGCCGCAGACAAUCUGUUUCAACGUCAUGCCCUACGCUUCGACAACCAAGAACCUAAAGAAAUCGAAGACCCGAACAUGUCUUUAGCCGAGCGCUUGGAUCGAGCUCGCAAGGCUGCCGCCAAAGAAGCUCAAAAUCUCAGUCAACCCAACAUCAAGCUCAUGAAACUUGUGCCCGUUGAACCAGAUCAAAUCACAGGUCAACUGCCCGUUGGUUUGCAAGGAGUGACAUUUCAAUGUCAGUAGGUUUCCCGAAACCUAACAUGUUUUUGAUUCGGAUAUGCUUUCAAUUCAAAUAUGUUUAAUUAAAAUACCAUUUUUAUGGAUUGAAAACUUAUUACUCGCAGGAUGGUCUUUCAAGAAAAAUUUCAUUAAGAUUCAACUUGAUGUGCAUUUACUUGUAUAAUUAGGACCUUUUCGAUUAGACGUAAAUAAAAUUUCAGUACUGCCUUACAUAUGAUAUUUAAUGAUUAGUAUCGCUGUUGUUUUAUUAUCUUUUUAUUGAACACUUGAAUUCAUGCAAAAUCUAUUCUGUACUGUUUCUGUAAAAUAAUAUUUGAAAGAAAAUGUUGGUAUUUUGUAAAAAAGUUUACUCAUUGGGACCAUGUUAUCAAUCAUAGUGACGUUUAACUGGCUUUUAAAAACUAUGUUAUAAAUAU